GAGUGACGCAGCAAUCUAUUUGCACCACGAAAAUCUAGUCAAGAAGGCUGCGUAAUCAUAUUGCGGCACGGUUUUCUGUGGCAGCAGCUGCUUGCGGCGUAGGUCUGUCCACGGCGGCUCUCUGCAGUCUCUAGCUCUUUACUGCAGGACCAGUUACGGCGACCAUCCCCGCCCUCUGCACCCCAACACAGGCCACCGCUGCCUCAGUCUGGUUCUCACAGUCUCAGCGCUGCCUUUAUACCGGCAUCAGUCUCCACUGUUGCUCCCGCAGUUCGACCGUUACCAUUCCUUCCACCUCUGCCCCAGCCACCGCCGCUUCUGAUAUUCCGGUGAGUCUUUCCCCGCGGAAGUCAGGUCUCCUGAUCUUGGCGGUAGCCACCUUAGGUGUGUACGGUCUUUUGAAAAAUGGCCGAGUCAGCCGACUACAAGGAACUGUUAGAAUCCAGUCAAGAAGAGGCUGGUAAUAAGGUAAUGAUGGAGGGACCCAGGGAACAGCCAGAGCGCGGUGAAGAAGCCGCCGCUGGGCCUGGGGAAGAAGGGGAAAGAGGUGAAGAUGCUGCUGCUGGGUCCGGGGAAGGCGGGGAAAAAGGUGAAGAUACUGAUGAAGACUCAGACCCAGACCGUCCAAAAGGACUUACCGGUUAUCUUUUAGAUACUGACUUUGUUGAAAGUCUACCUGUGAAAGUUAAGUACCGUGUGUUAGCCCUCAAAAAGCUUCAGACUAGAGUGGCCAAUCUAGAAUCCAAAUUCCUAAGGGAAUUUCAUGACAUUGAAAGAAAGUUUGCUGAACUGUAUCAACCCUUAUUGGAAAAAAGACGUCAGAUUAUCAAUGCAAUCUAUGAACCUACAAAAGAGGAAUGUGCAUAUAAAUCAGACUCUGAGGAUUAUGAUGAGGAAGAGAUGUAUGAUGAGGAAGAGAUGUAUGGUAAUGAGGAAAGUCUUGUACAUGAGUACAUGGAUGAGGGUGAUGGUUAUGAGGAAGAUUAUUAUGAUUAUGAUGUUGAGGAGGAGGAGGAUGACGAAGACGAUGACGAUGAUGAUGAUGAUGACAUCGAGGCUACCGGAGAAGAGAAUAAAGAAGAGGAUCCUAAAGGAAUUCCUGAUUUUUGGCUGACUGUCUUAAAAAACGUUGACACACUCACUCCUUUGAUUAAGAAAUAUGAUGAGCCUAUUCUGAAGCUCCUGACAGAUAUUAAAGUGAAGCUUUCAGAUCCUGGUGAGCCUCUCAGUUUCACUCUAGAAUUUCACUUCAAGCCCAAUGAAUAUUUCAAAAAUGAGCUGUUGACAAAGACCUAUGUGCUGAAGUCACGGCUAGCAUUUUAUGAUCCCCAUCCCUAUAGAGGAACCGCAAUUGAGUAUUGCACAGGCUGUGAGAUAGACUGGAAUGAGGGAAAGAACGUCACUUUGAAAACCAUCAAGAAGAAGCAGAAACACCGGAUCUGGGGAACAAUCCGAACUGUGACUGAAGAUUUUCCCAAGGAUUCAUUCUUCAAUUUCUUUACUCCUCACGGAAUCAGCUCAAAUGGAAAGGAUGGAAAUGAUGAUUUUUUACUUGGUCACAAUUUACGUACUUACAUAAUCCCAAGAUCAGUAUUAUUUUUCUCAGGUGAUGCACUGGAAUCUCAGCAGGAGGGAGUAGUUAGGGAAGUUAAUGAUGCAAUUUAUGACAAAAUUAUUUACGAUAAUUGGAUGGCUGCAAUUGAGGAGGUUAAAGCCUGUUGCAAAAAUCUUGAGACAAUAGUAGAAGACAUUGAUCGCUAAAGCAGAGUGUACUUGGCUGUGAACUUAAUUGGUCUAGAUCUAGUUAUUCAAGAUACAAGAAGUUAAUUACAGUCUUGUGUUCUGAAUUUUUCUUGUAGUGUCAGUUAAAACAUAUUUCUCAAUACUGAUUCAUUUGACCUUGCAUUUUAGUAACAGAAUGCUUUUGGGAAGUAUAGACUGUGGUAAAUGAUUUAAGACGUUAACAUAGUGUUGUGUAGUUUAAUCCUUCUGAAGUCCUUUUGUUAUGUAGCUAUUAAUCUGUGGCUGUAAAUAUUAUCAGAACUGGUAAAUGAUAUCAAUAUUUAUUUAGAAAGAAAAUCUUGGCUAACCAACCCAAGGUUUUUUGCUGCUGUUGUUCGCUUCUUGUAUUUGUGUUUUCUUAGUCCUUUAGCUGGUGAGUUUAAUUUCAUUUGUGCCCGCUUCAUUUUGCAAUAAACAUGCAGUGGAGUUUAAAACUUCAAUGCCUAAGAAGAAGCCUGCACAUGUUUAAGAAUUUCAGGCAAAACUACGUUUAUUGUUAAUAACAGCUUGUUCAUAGGCUCUUGUAUUUUAUGUGACCAUGAUAAAUACUGAAACGUAGUCGUAUUGAGGUUAUUGUUUAUCAGUGAAGUGUUAAUCACAGUAUUUUCAAAAGAUUGCCGCAUAUUGUUUGUGUAAUUGUGUAAACUGUAAUACAGUGUAUGAUUUCUCUUUUCCUAUAGUACAUUUAAUCAUUCAUUGAAAGUUAUCACUUUACCAUUUACGAAAGUAUUUUUCUUCUUCUUUCACUGCAAAAUAAAAUGAAUAAAAAUUUUGGUGGUUCAGGUUUUAAAA